CCCCCCCCGCGGCCGCGGCCCCGAGCGGCUCCACAGCGGAGGCCCACGCCGAGCCCAGGUCCUGGAGGCAUCUCCGGCCCCGGAUGGCAGCUCCAGCAUCUCUAAGGGCCAUGGGGAGUCCAGCCCCACCUUCGGGGGCACCCUAGGCCUCCCACAGCCUACCAUCUGUGUGCCUGCCCCCCCAUCAGCUGUGGGCCAUUCGCCAUGGGUGGGUGCUUCUCCAAACCCAAGCCAGUGGAGCUCAAGAUCGAGGUGGUGCUGCCGGAGAAGGAGCGGGGCAAGGAGGAGCUGUCAGCCAGCGGGAAGGGCAGCCCCCGGGCCUACCAGGGCAAUGGCACAGCCCGCCACUUCCACGCUGAGGAGCGCCUGACCGCCCCUCACCCCUAUCCCGGCCCUCAGGACUGUGUGGAGGCCGCUGUCUGCCACGUCAAGGACCUCGAGAAUGGCCAGAUGCGGGAAGUGGAGCUGGGCUGGGGGAAGGUGCUGUUGGUGAAGGACAACGGGGAGUUCCACGCUCUGGGCCACAAGUGUCCACAUUAUGGCGCACCCCUGGUGAAAGGCGUGCUGUCCCGCGGCCGGGUGCGCUGCCCUUGGCAUGGUGCCUGCUUCAACAUCAGCACUGGUGACCUGGAGGACUUCCCUGGCCUAGACAGUCUGCACAAAUUCCAGGUGAAGAUUGAGAAGGAGAAGGUGUACGUCCGGGCCAGCAAGCAGGCCUUGCAGCUCCAGCGAAGAACUAAGGUGAUGGCCAAGUGUAUCUCUACAAGUGCUGGCCACAGCAGCAGCACCAACGUGCUCAUUGUAGGCGCAGGUGCGGCUGGCUUAGUGUGUGCAGAGACCCUGCGGCAAGAGGGGUUCUCAGACAGGAUCGUCUUGUGCACCCUGGACCGGCACCUCCCCUAUGACCGACCUAAACUCAGCAAGUCCCUGGACGCCCAGCCAGAGCAGCUGGCCCUGAGGCCCAAGGAGUUUUUCCGAGCCUAUGGUAUCGAGGUGCUCACUGAGGCCCAGGUGGUCACAGUGGAUGUGAGAAACAAGAAGGUUGUGUUCAAGGAUGGCUUCAAGCUGGAGUACAGCAAGCUGCUGCUUGCGCCAGGGAGCAGCCCUAAGACGCUGAGCUGCAAAGGCAAAGAGGUAGAGAACGUGUUCACCAUCCGGACACCUGAAGAUGCCAAUCGUGUGGUGAGGCUGGCCCGGGGCCGCAACGCGGUGGUCGUGGGAGCUGGCUUCCUGGGGAUGGAAGUGGCCGCCUAUCUGACCGAAAAAGCCCACUCGGUGUCUGUGGUGGAGCUGGAGGAGACACCCUUCAAGAGAUUUUUGGGGGAACGUGUUGGUCGUGCCCUCAUGAAGAUGUUUGAGAACAACCGGGUCAAGUUCUACAUGCAGACAGAGGUGUCAGAGCUGCGGGCCCAGGAGGGAAAGCUGAAGGAGGUCGUGCUGAAGAGCAGCAAGGUUGUGCGGGCUGACGUCUGUGUUGUGGGCAUCGGCGCCGUGCCCGCCACAGGCUUCCUGAGGCAGAGCAGCGUCAAUCUGGAUUCCCGAGGCUUCAUCCCUGUCAACAAGAUGAUGCAGACCAACGUCCCAGGUGUGUUUGCUGCUGGCGAUGCUGUCACUUUCCCCCUGGCCUGGAGGAACAACCGGAAAGUGAAUAUCCCACACUGGCAGAUGGCUCACGCCCAGGGGCGGGUGGCCGCGCAGAACAUGCUGGCGCAGGAGGCGGAGAUCAGCACCGUACCCUACCUGUGGACAGCCAUGUUUGGCAAGAGCCUGCGCUACGCUGGGUACGGAGAAGGCUUCGACGACGUCAUCAUCCAGGGGGAUCUGGAAGAGCUCAAGUUCGUGGCUUUUUACACCAAAGGCGAUGAGGUGAUUGCUGUGGCCAGCAUGAAUUACGAUCCCAUCGUGUCCAAGGUAGCUGAGGUGCUAGCCUCCGGCCGUGCCAUCCGAAAGCGGGAGGUGGAGCUGUUUGUGCUGCACAGCAAGACCGGCGACAUGUCCUGGCUCACAGGGAAAGGAUCCUGAGCUCGCAUGCAGCAGACUUGGGCAGGCACGCUUGGGCACCAGGGACAGAGGCCAAGCCCUGGGGGCAGGUGCCAACCUCCAAUUUCCCAGGAUCUCCCAGGGCAGAACCUGAGCCUUCCCAGUGCUUGCCUUCGAUUGCCUGGCUCACCUCCAGAGAGGCUUCUGCUGCCUCCAGGAGAUGCUUAUCCCCCAAGGCCUCAGCUGCCACUGAGGGCUGGCAAUGGAGGCAGGACAGGCCUAUCCUCUUCUCCCUCUCUUGAGACUGGACCCUUGCAGGACCCUGCAAAAUAUUAGAUAUUAUCUUAAAAUUAAAACGCACACAUUUGCA